AUGGGAGCCCAAUGGUCGCAAUUCUUCCCCCCAAAGCCAACCUUUACGGAGGCUAAUUUGGAUUCGUUGGACGGCAAGGUCGUCAUUAUCACUGGCGGCUCCUCAGGUAUCGGCUUUGAGCUUGCCAAAAUCUUGUACCGUAAGAAUGCGAGAGUGUACAUCGCUACGCGUUCUGAGCAAGGCGCUCGUGAAGCAAUACAGCGCAUACAAGCCUCUGGGAUGACAGGAGGCAGCCUUGAAUUUUUGUCUCUGAAGCUGGAUGAUUUGAGCAGCAUCAAAGCCUCGGUCCAGGAAUUCAAGGCCAAGGAAUCGAAGCUUCAUGUACUGUGGAACAAUGCCGGCGUCUCCCAGCCACCUCUGGGCAGUGUGUCAUCCCAAGGCAUCGAACUGCAGUUUGCUACAAAUUGUCUCGGGCCGUUUCUUUUCACCCAGCUACUGCUGCCUCUUCUUGAAUCUACAGCCGCAGACACAGCAACACCUCAAGACUCAGUUCGCGUCGUAUGGACCAGCAGUCAAGUUAUGGAGCUGUCAUCUCCUCCCGGUGGCAUCAUCAUAGACGAGCUCCGCGCGCCUCCUCAAGAUCGAACUCGCAACUAUACCAAUUCAAAGACUGGCAAUUAUUUCUUGGCCACGGAGCUUGCUCGAAGGGCUGGAUCCUCAAACAUUGUCAGCGUGUCUAUAAAUCCAGGCGCCGCUACCACAAAUCUCUUUCGUCACACGCCGCAUCUCAAGUAUCUGGCCUAUCCGCUGCUUUAUAAGCCUAAGCUUGCGGCUCUAACCGAGCUUUAUGCUGGAUUCUCUGCGGAUAUUAGCAUUCAGAAUAAUGGAUGCUAUGUCAUCCCAUGGGGCAGAGUUUCGAACAGCCUUAGGGAGGAUUUGAUCGACGCAACCAAGACUUCUGAAGAAGGCGGGUCAGGAAAAGCACAGGAAUUCUGGGAACUGUGUGCAGAGAAGACAAAGGAUUAUAUGUAA